AUGGAUAGGGACCCAGGAACCUGUGAAGGCACUACAGAAGCUCCGCUGAAAAAUCCCAGAAAGACUGCCGGCAGCUGCCACAAGUGUGACGUGUGCGGGCGGUGCUUUGCGAACAAGGAAUCUGCGAAAAAACAUCUGGUUGUGCACACGAACGAGAAGCCGUUUGCCUGCCCCAUCUCCAACCGGAAGUUUGCUCAGAAGUUUGAACUCCUUAAACACGACCGCAUCCACAUGGGUGAAAGGCCAUACGCCUGCCCUGUCUGCAGUCAGAAGUUCACUUUGAAGUGGAAUCUUUUACAGCACCGUCGCAUCCACUCGGGUGAGAAGCCAUACGCCUGCCUUGUCUGCGGGCCGAAGUUUACUCAGGAGAGAACCCUCAUCAGGCACCAGUGUGUCCACAUGGAUAAGAUGUCAUAUGCAUGCCAGGUGUUCCCAUCCAAAUUCUUCAAAAACUCGCCUCUGGACAGACACAAGCAGCUGCACACAAGUGGAGUAGACCUGUGCCACUGCCCCGAGUGCGGGAAAGCAUUCAAGCAGUUGCGGAACAUGCAGCAGCAACUGAGGUGGCACGGAAGGAAGAAGCCAUACUCGUGCCAUCUGUGCCCAGCCAUUUUCGUAUCCAACAAAGCUCUGGAGAGGCAUAGGCUGGGGCACACAGCUGGAGAGCCGCACAUCUGUUCUGUGUGCCAGCAAAUGUUUACCUCAAAGAGUAACCUUGCAACACACACUUGCCGGUUGCAUGACGGAGAGAAGACCACUGCUUCAAGUUCUGACAGCAAGUUGGGGAUUAUAAUGCCAAGUAGCCCUUUGACCCUGCUGGCCUUCUAUAAGUGA